AUGAGCGAUCGAUCAGAGGAUGAUUCAGCACCCCUCUUCUCAAGGAUCAUCUACCUAGUGCUCCAAGCCGGACACCCGGUACCCCAAGCCGGCCUCCCGCUUCUCGAUAUUUCCAAGUCCCUGACGACUCCUCACUCUUAUCUCUACCCCUCUUAUUUCUCCACCUCUCAUCUCUCUCUGCCUUAUCCUCUCUCGCUGAAGAAGCCGGGCGCGGAUAGGAUUCCGAGCGGCGGGGUGCCACUGCCGCGGAGCGCGAGGAGCUGCCGGGCGUGCGGGCAGCUAGCCGCUGGCCGCUGCCGCCGCCAGGCGCUGCCGUGGUGCGCCGGCUGCCACCGCCGCCGCAGAGCGCGCGGGCUCCGCUUGCAGCCAUGCAGAAGAUCUUGGAGUUCGGCACCGCCGGUUGUUCUUGCUUGCUUUCCUCACGCGGCCAUUGUUUUUCUUGCUUGCUUGCUUGGAGUUCGGCACCGCUGCUCCGCGCGGGAGACGGCCGUGGGAGCUAGCCCCCGUGGGGCGAGCAACUCUACCGGCGGCAAGCGGGUCCACUCGGCGGCGAGCAACGGCGAGCGGAUCCGCGUGGCUGGCGCCGCGCGGCCGGCGAGAAGCUCCGCGCGGGAGCCGGCCGUGGGAGCUAGCCCCCGUGGGGCGAGCAGCUCUACCCAGCUGCGAGCGGGUCCACCCGGUGGCGCGGCCGGCGAGGAGCUCCGUGGCGGGCGAGCAACUCCCGGCCGUGAAGUGUGGGCGGCCGCCGAGGAGUCCCAGUGGGCGAGCGAGAAGCCGCCGCGCAUGGAUGAUUUUUUUUCUUUUUUUCUUAUUUUUCUAAAAUAGAGAUGCAUGUGGAAUUGUAUGAAUUAAUUGUAUCUAUCUUGUGAUCGAUUCUUUGAAUGAUUUGCGAAAUCUAUGGAUUAUAUCUAUAUUUUGUGGUUGA